UCGCGGACCACUCAGGUUUUCGAGCUUUUCUAUUUCCGCAAAUAGACUUGUCCUAGAUUUCUUGUGCUCCCAUCUUAUUACUGCUUGCAUCGUCCUUCCAAGGUCUACUCGAAGGAGGAUGUCCAAGAAUGAGAGCAAAGAUCAGGUGUUUUACCUAAGUGAAAAAGAGUUCUGGUCUGACAUCAAGGAUGAGUACAUACAAAGAAUAGCAGAAAUGGACCCAAGUGAAGUUUAUCGAUCUAACAAUCCGGGUCCUACAAAUCCUGAUGGAUCCGUAAACUUUGAAUGCCAUUGUGUCGGACAUCUCGUCGCCAGUCCCUGUGGGCAUGAGUUCAGAGAAGCUAUCACUUGUCAAAAGUCGUCUACUGAAGAAGAACUUGAAGCGGGAGCAUGCGGCGACCAGUUGUUAGCGUUUAUGGAAUGUGUAAUGCGGACGCAAUGUUUCAAAACGACGCCAAAAGAUGAAGAGAGUACAGCUACCCCACAGGAUGGAGAGGGUGUGGCUACGUCAAAAGAUGAGCCUCGCAUAGAGAUGGGGAAGGUCAAGAAAGCAGCCAAAAUUGCAAGGAAAAUAAAAACAAUUAAACCGACGGAUAACAGAAUCAAAGAAGAAAAUAGGAUUAUCCGAAAGAAGAAAGAAGACGAACAGGAGCUGAAAAUAACGCAUGCGCCGAAGAUCUCGUCUGCUAUGUUUCUCAAAUAUAACAACCAGUUGGGACCACCAUUUCAUAUCCUAGUCGAUACUAACUUUGUGAACUUCGCAGUUAAAAACAGGCUAGACGUCAUCCAAGGAUUUCGUGAUUGUCUAUAUGCUCACACAAUUCCGUACAUAACGGACUGCGUAAUGGGCGAGUUGGAGAAAGCUGGACGCAGAUUCAAAAUCGCUCUGAAGGUGAUAAAGGAUGCAAGGUUCCAGCGGCUAAAAUGCGAUCACAAAGGCAUCUACGCGGAUGAUUGCCUCGUGCAACGAGUCACUCAGCACAAAUGUUAUAUCGUGGCAACGUGUGAUCGAGAUUUGAAACGGCGGAUACGAAAAAUUCCUGGAGUCCCUAUUAUGUACAUACUUGGGCAUAGAUUCUCUAUUGAACGGAUGCCUGAUGCAUAUGGUGCACCACAGAAUUGA